AUGGCUCCAUAUGAGGCACUGUAUGGGAGAAAGUACAGAACACCGUUGUGUUGGACAGAAUUGGGUGAAGAUAAACUUGUGGGGCCAGAACUAGUGAAACAGACUGAGGAAAAGGUGAAAUUGAUCAAAACUAAUUUGAAAUCUGCCUCAGACAGACAUAAGUCAUAUGCUGACUUGAAGAGGAAGGACAUAGAAUAUGAAGUACGUGAAAAGGUAUUCUUGAUGGGUUCGCCAUGGAAGAAGGUGUUGAGAUUUGGUAGAAAGGGUAAAUUAAGCCCUACGUUUAUUGGCCCAUCUGAAGUCAUUGAGCAUGUGGGUCUAGGAGCCUAUAGGCUAGCUUUACCACCAGAGCUGGAUAAGAUCCAUAACGUGUUCCAUGUUUCGAUUCUGAGGAGAUAUAGAUUAGACCCUUCACAUGUCAUUUCAAUGGAGGAAAUUAAAAAACAACUAGAUUCGACAUAUGAAGAGGAACCCAUGAGGAUCCUGGCUCGAGAAAUUAAAAAACUGUGA